AUUUGGGAUAAUGAUCAGCCCCAACUCCCACAGAACGGAUCGAAGGUCCACCUCAGUUCCCCAUUCGGUCUCUGGAUCUACCUACAAGUCAACAACCCAGUCUUCGGGUCAAGGUCCGGCUCCGGCAAAACCGCAUACGGCAGAGCGCCGCUUCUGCUCGCCGCUCUGACCUCUGCAUGGGCGCCGCGGCAGGGAAGGCCGUCGAAGACUUGGCAUCUGCUGCUGAUGGGACAACAACGCGAGCGGAGGAUCGGCUCGCCGUCGCUGAGCGCGUCAUCCUCGAGUUCGAGCGCCGCCGCUCAUCCUGCGACGGCUCCGACGUCGGCAUAUGGGACGCGCAGGCGACCUGCACCAACCAGGGCCUCCUCGCCGCGGUCGACGAGAUAGUCUUCCUCAAGGAGAUGCACGCGUUCCCCAUGGCCUCACCCGCCGGCCGCCGCAUGGACGGCGCCCUCCGGGCCGCCAUGUCGUGCCUCAUGGAGGAGUUCCUCAGCCUCAGGGUGUGGGACGGUUCCCAGCUCGAAGGCAGGAGCGGCCUCCGCUUCGCCAUCGACAAGCUCUCCGUUUCAGUGGCAGCGGCCCGUGGCGCGUCGUCGUCGUUCGCCUUCCUAACCGGCGGAAGCACGGCCAGCACGGUGAGAACCAGCACAGGCGAGUUGAGCUCCCGCACCGUCGAUGUACUUUACGCGUCCGGCUCCGGGAGCCAGCCGGCCGGGCCUGAUGUCUUCUCGGACGAGGAGUUUCCCGAUGAGCUCGACCUGAUCUGCCCGGCGAGCUUGUCCGUCCUCCACGAGAUCUCACUGCGUGUCAUCCGUGCCGGCUAUACGAAAGAGCUGCUGCACACGUUCGCCGACGCUCCCUGCGAAGUUUUAGACAGGUUCUUGUCGAUUCUCCAACUCCAAGUGGGAUGUUCUCCGGAGGCCGAGACCGGCGAGUCGAUCAGCUAUGAGAACGCCGAGUGGUGGACGGCGGAGGACAUGAUCCGGCGGUGGAUCCUGGCGACCAAACUGGUGGAGAAGGCCCUCGUUACUAUGCAAACGCAGCUCCACGCGCAGAGCAACGGCGCCUUCGACAGGUUCAAGAACGACUACAUCAUGGCCAUGGCGAAGCGGAGAUCCUACAUCCUGCUCAGAUUCGCAGACGGGUUCACCAGCACGCGCUCGCCGGAGAAGCUCAUGUACGUCCUGGAAAUGUACGAGGUCCUUGGCAGCGCUGUCCCUGGGCUCGUGCUCGUGCUCACCGGGCAGCACAAGGAGCUCUUCUCCCGGCAGGUCGAGGUGGUUCUCGCAAAGCUGGCGCGCGCGCUGAGGGCCAUGAUCGGCGGUGCCGUCACAAAGGUCCGAGCCGGCGGGAGCUCUGGGACGCAGGGCGAGACGCGCGGGGUCGGCGCCGGCGUCCAUCCGCUGACGCGGUAUGCCGUGUCCUGCAUCGAGUCGCUGGCACCGCACCGCGGCGCGCUGGAUGUGAUCCUCGCGAGCACGGGCGGCAUCCUCGAGGGCGUGAACUCGUUCGGCGAUCUCUUCUCGGAGCUAGUCGCGUCCCUGGAGCCCAAGCUGGAGGAGAUAUCCACCCUCCGCGGCGAGGAAGGAGGCGGCCUGCGGCACCUCUUCCUGGCCAACAACACCAGCUUCGUGCUGAAACGCGCCGGCGCGAUCGGGGGAGACGACGAGUGGGCCGCGUGCCGCCGGAGCCGAGUCGAGCAGCACGUGGCGGGCUACGUCGAGGCCUCCUGGGCGCCGGUCGUGGCCUGCCUCGAGGCCGGCAAGCCCGCCACCAAGGCGCUGGCCAAGUUCAACGCCGCGCUCGAUAAAGCGUACAGCGGCCACGUACGCUGCGAGGUCUCGGACCCCGAGCUCAGGGCGGCGCUGCGGAAGGCCGUGUCGGAGAACGUCGUCGGUGCUUAUGGCGCGUAUCUGCUGGAGCACCCCAAGCUUGGCAGGUCUGCCAGGCACACGCCCGAUACCCUGGCCGGGUUGGUGUCCGACUUGUUUGAAGGAGAGGACGCGUCGGGCAAUCAUUCCUAGCACUGCUCGGAAUACGCGGCCGGCUCGGAUUCUGUGUUCGAUUGCAACCCGAGGCGGUUUCUUUCU